AUGGACGCCGACACAUUACAGGACUUCAAGUUCGCCGGCCAACCUAUCCAGUUUCCUUCCUACGGCGCCGGAUCUGAUGGACAGGAACUUGAAGGGCCGCAACAAGAUGACAGUGUUGCUGCUGUGGCCGCGGCUGCAGUUGGCUACGGUCCUGUCGACCCAGCUGAUGCUAACAACCAGGCCUUUGACAUGAACGGGGCGACGGGAAAAGGGACAGUACCAACGCAACUGAAUACGCAGGCUGAUGGUGGUGAUAACCUCAACAACACUACGACCUCGAUUCACGCCUCGAACAGUCCUCAGGCGACGCGAAGUCCCAUCCAAACUCGAGCCGAAGUGUCAACCCCUCCGCAUGAUGGGAACAUCGCGACUACAAAUGCGAGCAUGCAAAAUCAAGAUGCGCCAAUGAAUAUGAAUGAUGAUGGCACGGACAACUUUCAGGAACAAGGGCCUGGGCAAGGUCAGGAUAACCAGGGGAUGCUCUUGGAGCCAUCAAACCCAAAUCAACCAGCCCAGGGCAAUACUCUAGUGUGGAAGAACGCCUCGUCUGUAUACCCCAAUGGCACACCAGGCAUCAGCCGAUCUCAAGCGCAAACAAGACAAUCGCCCUCUCAGGCAAAUAUCUUCAACACGCCGCACGGACUGGCCGCCGCCGAUCCAUGGAUACCUCACCAACCCGAUGCAACACCGCAGCAAUUCAGCACGCCUGAAGGAGGCCUGGACAGUAAGCACGACCACAACAACAAUAUUGAGACAGGAGCAGACGGCAACACCAAGAAUCUCGACCCAGCAGUGGCCGCCAACCCUUUCAGCGAUACAUUUCCUUUGAUACCCAAUCCACCUGACCUGGAAGCUUGGCGCGAGAAACUGUUCAAUGUCAAAGAGCCCCUAAUUCUUUCCGAGGAAGAAUUCCUGACUUAUUUCCCGCAUGUCGACAAUGUCUACUCGCACCGCUCGACACAGAAGUACAAACGUAAGCCCUUCGUCAGCCACUACUGGGAUUGUCGUCUCAAAGGUAGACCGAGUGGGACCCCCAAGAGCGAUGACCCUAACAAGAAGAAGCGAAAGCGACAGGCAAGAGAGCGGGAUCUUUGUGAUGUCAAAAUCAAAGUUACAGAGUACUUCAGUGCAGAGCAGGCGCGCAAGAUGGGCUUGACUGCGAUCGGAGAUACCAGCGGUUUGACCACUAAUGCCACAUCGUCGUUAUCAGCAUCGACGCUGGCAAACACUGAUCCUGCAUUGUUGGGCCUCUCUUCAGGAGCUCAUGACCUGUCGAAUCUUGGUGAAGGAGGAGGAGGCGGCACCGAACUCACCAUUGUGCUGGAAGACGGAAUAUCCGGCUCUAGCAUUACAGGCGACCACAACGGUCACAGCAUGUCCAUGCCCAACCUCAAUCCCAAAGAUCCGAAUUUCGGUCUGCUGGAGUUCCCUCGACGCCGACUGCCUGAAGGCCACCCUGGCGCCGACGGGAAAAGAUGGUACACGAUUCAACGGGUCCGCGGCAAUCCUGGCGGCGGCGCAGUCAAGGACAAACGUGAUAGCAUUGCCAGUUCCAAUGGUGGCAACAAUGGUGGCACGGCCGGAGAUGGCUCCAUGGUUGAAGAUGACGACGAUCCGUCUUCCACCGCGGCAGUCGACCCUAAUUUGGACCUCGACCACAAGCACACAUUGGAAGAAAGUGACCGGAUCAAGAAGAACAGCGUUCAGCGUUGGUUGUUGAAGGAGGAGAAAGAAAAGAAGCGGCUGAGUAAACUCGCCACUCCAAACACAACCAAUACACCAACCACCAACACGGACAUACACCCGCGCAGCAGCACAUUUAACAACAGUGAAUCCCUCAGUCCCAGCUUCCGAGCCAGCGGACUCGCCUUCUUCACCGCACGCAGCCAUUCAACCCCGGCACCCUCAAAAAUCACGUUUUUUGCAAACAGUUUGUGUCCCUUCGCCCAGCGCGUCUGGAUCGCUCUGGAAGUCAAGGGCAUUCCCUAUCAGAUGGUCGAAGUGAUGCCCGCGCAUCUCGACCCGUUUCGGCCCCCUGAGCUGUUGGAGGUCAACCCAGAAGGCCAUAUCCCUUGUCUUCGCCACGGUAACUGGGGCAUCUGGGAGAGCGGUGUUGUCUUGGAGUACCUUGAAGAUCUGGCAAUGGGAUAUAGUCUUUUGCCUCUAGGGAACCCGCAGCUCCGAGCCCACUGUCGGUUGUGGACAGAUCAUAUCAAUCGCAAGAUUUUGCCGGCCUUUUAUGCUCUGUUGCUUACGCCUCCGCCUGCAACAUCUUCCCAUCGACAGAAGCAGCAGCAGCAGCGUCCGCAGCAGCAGGGCGAUUUGGAAAUGAUGGACGAGGACAUUACUACUGAAGGACAAGGACAAGGACAAGCUCCAACCAACGGCAAUGGCAAUGGUAGUAACAAUGGCAAUGUCAAUGUUGGUGGUCCAAUUCCUGCUACUGCUCCUGCUGCUGCGCAGCAUCAACAGCAACACUCAAUCCUCAUAUCCACGCUCCAGAAACACAUCACCUCCCUCCUCAACGCAUCUCACGCCACAGGUCCCUUCUUUUUAGGUUCUGAAAUGGGUUUCGUCGACGUCGCGUUCGCCCCCUGGAUCAUUCGGCUGUCUAGGGUCCUAAGCUAUUAUCGCGGGUUCCCACGUCCCGAGGUCGGCACUCGCUGGCAACAAUGGGUCGAUGCGAUUGAGGCCGAUGAACGCGUCAAGCGCACUGUUUCGGAUGAGAAUUCUUAUCAUGGUGUUUAUCGUGGUGUGGGCGAGGAUGGUUGGGAUUCUUUGGUUGGUACUAGUACUGGUACGGGUGGUGCUACUGCUGGUAUUGCUGGUGGAAGUGCUGGUGCUGCUGGUGUAGGUGGUGCAGGUGGUAGAAAACCGUUUGUGGAAAUCGAGUUUGCCAAGAGGGCGGUUGCGCAGGAAGGAUUUGGGCUUGGUGGUGAUGUUUGGGGUCGGUUGAGUGAAGAAUCGGUUGUUCAUGGUGGUGGUGGUCAAUAGUGGUCAACAUGGACCAUGAACAGCAACGGCAAGGACUGCGAAAUGAGCAGAGAGGAACGGGUAAAUGACACGAGCAGAGAACGACAAGGAUCAGAUCAGCAUGGAGACCUAGGUAUGUACAGGUCAAAGCAAACCAAGGCUGUCCCGUUCCGGACACACGGCGUAUCUUUCUGGAACUGAUCUGAUGGUGGAGAUUGUGUGUGUACCUUAUGCGACUUGAAGUCCGCUCUGGCGGUCUUGAUGGUCAGAUUGAUGCAUUGACUGAGAGCUGAGGGCUAGCUAUGUGGCAGCUACCCAGGUACAUAAUUGUGCUCUGUAAUAAAAUUGGUAAAUCAG